CUGCAUCUAACUCCAAUAUCUCAAGAACGAUGCGUUUAACCACAUCAAAUUAACCGACAGAGUUUGCAGCAAGUUAAACAGCUGAUGAGAGCAGUGAAAGUGAACAGAUCUGGCUUGCAAUCACUAACCGAUUUCAUAUAUUUCAAGCUUGGCAAAGGCCUUGUCUAGAAGUUCACUUUUGCCAUAAAUAAGUACUGAAAGUGACUUAAACUUUGGUAAACAUACAUUUGUUCGACUACUUAUUCGGUUUGUCACACUGACGCGGAUAGGAAAUUAAAAUUGUGUCUGAAAAGGUACUGAAAAUGAAAAAAAAAAGACAAGAAAAAAAAAUAAUGCAUGAGGGCGAGUGUUGGUUUGUUAGGACAAGAGUGGUUGGUAAUAAUGACGCAACGUGCACCAUCUAAUUUUAUAAAAACAAGAACGUGACAUGAACCGGGGGGAACUAGUAAGUCAGAAAACGCCAACUUCGAGAGAGCUAGCACAUGCAAGAAAAUGUUAUUCGCAUCGCCUAACACGUACACGUGGACUGAGACUAUUGGCUGCGUAAACAAGUCUCCACCAAACUCUGUCGUGACCAAAAGUCAAAAUCGUAUCGUGCAGGGAGAGGAGAAAGUUACAUCUACUUGAGAAACAGUCUUUGAGUUUUUAUUUCAAGAAUGGAGUUUAAGGAGUUAAAGGAAGCAAUAGAUCAAGUAGAGCUCGUUGAUGCUCACGCUCACAACAUUGUCUCUCUCGACUCUUCUUUUCCCUUCAUCCGAACUUUCUCGGAGGCCACCGGAGACUCUUUAUCCUUCGCUCCUCAUUCUCUCUCCUUCAAGAGGAAUCUGAGGGAAGUUGCUCAACUCUAUGGCAGUGAAGUAUCUCUGGAAGCUAUUGAGAAACAUCGUCAAACCUUGGGUUUGCAUUCUUUAACAUCCAAGUGUUUUAAUGAAGCAAGAAUCUCUGCUCUGCUCAUUGAUGAUGGAUUGAAGCUGGACAAGAAGCACGACACUGAAUGGCACAGAAACUUUGUUCCAUAUGUUGGUCGAGUACUGCGUAUUGAGACUCUUGCUGAGCAAAUCCUCGACGAAGAAAGUCCUGAUGACUCUUCUUGGACUUUAGAUUCUUUCACCAAAGCCUUUGUUGAAAGAUUGAAUUCGCUUGUUCCAGAGAUUGUUGCUUUGAAAACAAUCGCUGCUUAUCGUAGCGGUUUGGAUAUUGAUACUCAUGUGAGCAAAGAAGUUGCUGAAAAUGGCCUUGUUGAAGUCUUGCAAGCUGAAAAGCUUGUCCGUAUUGGAAACAAGGGCUUGAUUGAUUACAUUCUUACUCUUAGUUUGGAGGUCGCCGAACGUUAUGACUUGCCCUUGCAAAUUCACACAGGUUUUGGUGACAGGGAUUUGGAUUUGAGGUUGUCAAAUCCUCUUCACCUUAGAACCCUUCUUGAGGACAAAAGAUUUGAAAAGUGUCGUAUAGUUCUUCUUCAUGCAUCUUAUCCAUUCUCAAAGGAAGCAUCAUAUCUGUCUUCAGUUUAUCCUCAGGUGUUACUUCAUCCACACUCCAUUUAUUUAUGCAAUGUCGUUUGCUUAUUUUUGAUCUAUCUUUUGUUCUUCCUUAAGGUAUUCCUUGAUUUCGGUUUGGCGGUUCCAAAACUUAGUGCCCAUGGUAUGGUAUCUUCUGUUAAGGAACUUCUUCACUUAGCCUCAACAAAGAAGGUGAUGUUCAGUACUGAUGGCUAUGCAACUCCUGAGACCUACUAUUUGGGUGCAAAGAAAGCACGAGAGGUCAUCUUCUUAGUACUGCGUGAUGCAUGUGUCGGUGGUGAUCUCUCGCUCAUGGAAGCUAUUGAUGCAGCUAAAGACAUUUUAUCACGGAAUGCAAUUGCAUUUUAUAACAUAGAUGUAGACACAAGUUCUUCUAUUCCACAAAGUAGAAUAUCUCCCAAGUCACAGAUUGAGGAGCCUCAUGUUCAAGAAGAUAGUAGUUCGUUUGUACGUGUUAUUUGGGUUGAUACAUCAGGACAACAAAGAUGCCGUGUUGUUCAAGCGCAGCGUUUUAACAGAAGUGUGAAGAAGAACGGUAUUGGUUUGACUCAUGCAUCAAUGGGGAUGACUUCAUUUUAUGAUGGACCGGCAGAAGAGUCUAAAUUAACUGGUAUAGGUGAGAUUAGACUGGUUCCAGAUCUAUCAACCAAGCGGAUCAUACCAUGGACAAAGCAAGAGAGCAUGGUUUUAGCUGACAUGCUCCUGAAGCCUGGUGAAGCAUGGGACUACUGUCCAAGAGAGACCUUAAGAAGAGUCACAAAUGUUCUUAAAGAUGAAUUUGAUUUGGUAAUGAACGCUGGUUUUGAGAAUGAGUUUUAUCUCCUCAAGAAUGUUGUGCGGGAAGGGAAAGAAGAUUAUGUGCCUUUUGAAGUUGGUCCUUACUGUUCUACAUCCUCAUACGAUGCUGCAGCUAAGAUUUUCCAUGAAAUUAUACCAGCUCUUGAGUCCUUGAACAUCGCAGUUGAACAGUUUCAUGCUGAAUCCGGGAAAGGUCAGUUUGAAGUAUCUUUAGGUCACACCAUUGCGUUCCAUGCUGCCGACAAUUUGGUUUACACACGUGAAGUUAUAAGAUCGGUCGCAAGGAAACAUGGGUUGCUCGCAACCUUUGUUCCAAAGUAUGAUUUAUGUGAUAUUGGUUCUGGAUCACAUGUGCAUAUAAGUCUUUGGAAAAACGGUGAAAAUGUCUUCCCGGCCUCAGAUGAAUCAUCUGCUCAUGGAAUGUCUUCCAUUGGAGAAGAGUUCAUGGCUGGAGUUUUGUUUCACCUUCCUUCAAUAUUUGCAGUUCUAGCUCCACUUCCAAACAGCUAUGACCGAAUCCAACCUAAUACAUUUAGUGGAGCAUUCCAAUGCUGGGGCAAGGAGAACCGUGAGGCGGCUAUAAGAACGGCUUCUCCACCAGGAGCUCCUGAUGGUUUAGUUACUAACUUUGAGAUAAAAGCUUGUGAUGGCUCUACAAAUCCUCACCUUAGUUUGGCCAUUAUUAUGGCCGCCGGAAUUGAUGGUCUCCGGCGACACCUUCAACUUCCUGAUCCUAUAGAUACAAACCCGGCAGAUGUGGCUGCUACAUUGAAUAGACUUCCUGAAACGCUCUCAGAAGCUGUUGAAGCUCUGGAGAAAGAUAAAGUCCUCCACGAAUUACUAGGACAAAAUCUUUUAGUUGCCAUAACAGGAGUCCGCAAGGCUGAGGUCCAGUAUUAUUCGAAGAACCCGGGUGCAUCUAAGCAACUCAUUCACCGAUACUAAUUAAGCGUUGGCUCUCUUGAGCCAUGGGAUAGUGAUUGCUGGAUAAUUUGCUUUUUCCGUUGUUGAGUUUAUAUGAUAAAUGCCUAGAGAUUAAUAUCCUAAUCUCUAGAACUUCUUCAAUAAUAUCUAAGUGGUUAUAUAACA